AGAGGCAGGCGGGAUCCAUCUCUUACUGUCUCCCAGGCUCCCAGCCAGCUCCAAUCCUUCACUGCUUGGGCGCCACCUGUGCUGGGCUCACACAGGUCCCUUGUGGGGCUCAGGCACAGGGCACACAGCACAGGAGUGAGCAUGGGGAGCCCGCGCGCGCUGCUUCUCAUCUGCUCCUUUCUGCCUGGGCUCCUGAUCUCAGAGGCUGCCAAAAUCCUUACUCUGUCCUUGGUGGGUGGAAGCCAUUAUCUACUAAUGGACCGAGUGUCUCAGAUUCUUCAAGAUCAUGGUCAUAAUGUCACCCUGCUUCUCCAGAGAGCAAAUUUAUUGAUAUCAGGUUUUAAAGAGGAGGAAAAAUCAUACCAGGUUAUCACUUGGCUUCCACCUGAAGAUUAUAACAAAGAAUUCAUGAAGUUUUUUGAUUUCUUUAUGGAAGAAACUUUGGCUGGCAGAGAUACAUUUGAAAGCUUUUUAAAACUGAUGGAACUGCUGGGACUUCAGUGCAGUCAUUUGCUAAGGAGAAGUGAUAUCAUGGAUUCCUUAAAGAAUGAGAACUUCGACCUGGUGAUAGUUGAAAGUUUUGACUUCUGUCCUUUCCUAGUUGCUGAGAAGCUUGGGAAACCAUAUGUGGCCGUUCUCCCCUCCUCAUUUGGUGGUGUGGACUUUGGACCACCAAGACCCCUGUCUUAUGUGCCAAUGUUACAUUCCUUCCUGACUGACCGUAUGGACUUCUGGGGCCGACUAAAGAAUUUUCUGAUGUUCUUUGGUUUCUCCAUGAAGCAAUGGCAAAUCCACUCUAUGUUUGACAACACCAUCAAGGAGCAUUUCCCUGAAGGCUCUAGGCCAAUUUUGUCUCAUCUUCUGAAAAAGGCAGAGUUGUGGUUUGUUAACUCUGACUUUGCCUUUGAUUUUGCUCGGCCUCUUCUUCCCAACACUGUGUAUGUUGGAGGCUUAACGGCCAAACCUGUUAAAGCAGUACCACAAGAAUUUGAGAAUUUCAUUGCCAAGUUUGGAGACUCUGGUUUUGUCCUUGUGUCCCUGGGCUCCAUGGUGAGCAGCUCUUCAUCCCAGGAAGUUCUCAAGGAGAUGAACAGUGCCUUUGCUCAUCUCCCUCAAGGGGUGAUAUGGAAGUGUAACACUUCUCUUUGGCCCAAAGACAUCAAAUUGGCAGCAAAUGUGAAAAUUGUGGACUGGCUUCCUCAGAGUGACCUCCUGGCUCACCUGCACAUCCGUCUCUUUGUCACCCAUGGUGGGAUAAAUAGCAUCAUGGAGGCCAUCCAACAUGGUGUGCCCAUGGUGGGGAUUCCCAUCUUUGGAGACCAGCCUGAAAACCUGUUCCGAGUAGAAGCCAAAAAGUUUGGUGUCUCUAUCCAGUUAAAGCAGAUCAAGGCUGAGACACUGGCUCUGAGGAUGAAGCAAGUCAUAGAAGACAAGAGGUACAAAUCUGCAGCAGUGGCCGCCAGCAUCAUCAGGCGCUCCCACCCUCUCACCCCUGCCCAGCGCCUGGUGGGCUGGAUCGACCACAUCCUCCAGACAGGGGGUGCUGUACACCUCAAGCCCCACGCAUUCCAGCAGCUGUGGCAUGAGCAGUACCUGCUCGAUGUCUUCUUGUUCCUGCUGGUGGUCACCGUGGGCACCUUGUGGCUCUGUGGGAAGCUGCUGGGCAUGGUGGCCAGGUGGCUGUGUGGGGCCAGGAAGCUGAAGAAGGCCUGAUGCCAAGUGCAGACUUGCAGGAUUGUAUUCGAUAUGGCUCACCAUUUCUUGGGAGCCUCCCACCAGUUCUGACAAUCCCUGUUCUCCACAUCAUAUCCACUUGCUAAUUUUGCUACAAAUUCCUGCUCACUGGCUUCUUCCUGUGAUCAGAUUUCUUUAGUCAGCACUUGUGGCCCUCUUUAUUUGCCAAUCAGCAAGGGCUGUUCCCUGAUUCUGUCCCUGGGUCAUUUAGACCAGUGACCCUCAGACUUUGAGCCUUGAGGGCCACCUUCCUUAUCACGUCCCUCUUCCAGGCACUGAGAGUGAACCAUUCCAGCCUCCAUGGCCGGUAUCUUCUGGGCCUCUUUCCCUCACUUCUGCCUCUACCACUUGUCAUGGAAUAGCACCUAAGAUGCGCGCUUUCCUAAUUCUUUCAUUUCCCGUUUGCUUCUCCUGGAAACUCUUGUCAAAGCUCAGGAAGCCUGUCCUGCGCUUGUGUCCUCAGGGCCAGAACCCUCCUACAGGACCAUGUUUGGCCCCUGCAUCUGGGUCCCACAGAGCUCCUUCUUUGCUGAUGAGGCAUGGAGCUGUAGCGGCCUUGGUCUCCACGUUUCAUAGCAGUGAGCUGUCUUUCAAUUUUCCCGUAGGAAAGUUGAGUCAUGAGAAAGAAGUCACUUCUUUUUAAACUGAUGGUGUUUUUGUGCCUCUUGAGGGUUGAGCCUUUCUCUCUGUGACAUACUGUCGAGAAUUGCACCCACUUGAUAGCAAGAGAAACCAGAAAAACAGUGGCUGCAACAGCUCUUGGUUUUCUUCUCUUUCCUAGUUUUAUUUUUCCUCAUGUAAAAAAGAUCUGCUGCUAGGCCAGCCGUCCAGGGCUGGCGUGGUGGCUCAAUGAUGUAUUCUAUAGUGCAGAUUUCUCGUAUGGUUAUUCUGCAUUCUUCAGCAGGUGGGUUUCAUCCUUGAGGUCACCCUGGAUUUUCAAGAUGGUCUUUUUGUAUCCAAUCAGCACACGGAAAUUUGGGCAAGACAAGGGAAAAAUGGGAAAAAAGAAUAAAGCAGGUCCCUGCUAGCUGAAUCAGCCCUCAUUAAAGAGAUUUCCCAGACUCUCCAGCUAGCCAAAGACUUCACUUAAAUCCCAUUGACCAGACCUGAGUCACAUGAGUGCUCUUAGCUGCACGUGAAGUCUAAGAAAUGUCCCCCACCCCUGGCUGCUGGGGUGGGGUUCUUAGAAAGAAAAACGAAGGACAGUGGAUAGUGGGAGGAAACUAGAGCCUGGGCCACAUGUGGAGAGCAGGCAGGGAGGGGCUGGAUUGGAUGUUUUGUUCCACCUGUGACCCUGUGACUCAGUGACCUCAGGGACAGUCUUACACCCACUGUAACCCCCUGUGGGUGGAAAGCAGACCAGUCAGAGUGGUGAACAUGCAAAAUAGGAGCAGCAGUCCCAUACCAUGAUGACAUGUGUCAUGCUUUCCUAGUUCUUUCAUCUCAUUUCUGUCAUUUAAUGGGGUAGAUGUGUCUAAUCAGCCCAACCCAAAGAAGCAGGCAGCAGCAGGGGCAACCACAGAUGCAGAGGGAGCCCUUGUGCAAAUGGAGACAACAGCAACAAAACCUGCUGCCUCCUCCAACCCAGGCACAGGGCUUGGGGAGUGGAGAUAGGCCAGUUUUAUCCCCCACUGGUCCCUCUU